AUGAAAUGCAAUAAUGCCAAGACGAAAUUUAAAAGUUACGCAUUAAAUGGAAACACUCCAGAUGCGCAACAUAGUCAACACUCAAACAAAUUAAAGGAAAAAAAACAUUUACACACAAUAAUAAAGGAAAAAAUCCGCAAAUAUAGGAUUUGUCACAACGGCGAAAGUGGAAACUAUUGUCACUCGCCAGAAAAAUUCAACAACGAAUGCUCCCAGGAAGAUAAGGGAGUUGACAAAUCCGACAAAGCAGGACAUUCAAAUAAUUUUUUUUACACAGAUCAUCACUCCCUUCUGCAUUUCCUGCGGCAGGAAUAUUGUGGCCACGAUAUAACUGCACGAGAAGGGAUUCGUCGAAAUGUCAAGGCGGAUGCAACGUUAGGGCGUUCAAAGUGUUAUAAAGAUAUACACAAGGGGAAAUUCAACAGCAUGACGCGCUUAGAGUCCGCUUCGAAUACGGCGGAUGACUCGAUCGAAGCGUUGCCGCGGGGUGGUGACUCCCGUGGUGAAGGGAACAAGACCGGCACCGCUUCCCAUGAAGCGAAACCAAGUGGAGACACUGGCAAGAGGGAGGACCGCCAGGACCACUGGGCAGUUAAGCCUCCGCAGGGGAAUGGCAAAUCGAACUGCUCUCAGCGCGAGAAGAGUGAAAACAGGGAUCAUCCCAAGAAGAACAGCCAGCACGCUGAAAAUAUAAUCAGGUGCAACGACGAGGAACUGAAAAGAAGUCUUUAUAAAGGAGACGGAGUUAACCUUGUUGCGCGGAUGGACAGUUCCUCGCAGAAGUAUCAAAAAAAGGGGCGCCCUAUGUAUCGCAGAAAUUGCUACAAUGUUAGGCAGAGCAGCAUUAAAAGUAUUGUAAAUGGUAAGGGUGCAUGCCGUGAUACGAGGGAGACGCUUAGUGAAGCACACGAAGAGGACUCGAGGGUCAAUGAAGGGAAAAGUACGUCGGAGGGGGAAGUAGACAAGUUCAGUGGCGCGGGGAGAGGUUCCUCUGGGGAGGCACCUUCGAAUAGAUGUGAUGAUGAACACGAUCAACAGGGCAGAGAAAACCACAACGCGGAAGAAGGUAAGAAUGAGGAGAAUGAUGUGCAAGACACGGGAAAUGGUGAGGCACACGAUAUGGGAGAUAUUUCGGGAAAGAGCCUGGACGAAGGGGAGUGGAUAGAAAUCGAGCAGCCGCUCAAUUUCUGGGAUGCCCUGAAGAACAAUUUUAAGAACGUCUUUUUGGUGAAGUCAGAGGGGGAGGAUGAUACUGGCGAUGAGAAGGCGGCAAAUGGGGGGGAACACGUUUUGGAGGGCGUACCAGGGGUGGAGAACGAAGCUGACUCAGCCAACUCAAUCAACCGAUUCGAGCAGUUUACCGAGUCCGCCUCGCACGCCGCGCUUACCGAGGGGGCCCCCCCGUGCUCUGCGCCCACAAACCAGUUCCCACUCUCCCCAGACGUAUACGUGAGGUGCCUAAACUUCCUGAGCGCGGAUAAAAUACUAGAGUGCGAGUUGCUAAACAAGCUAAGCACCUACGUGAUAAACAACCGAAACAACGUGUUCACCCAUGUGAAAAAGCUAACUCUGGAUGAGAGGUGGUCCAGCAUCCCAAUAUACAAGAGGCAGUUUUAUCUACAUCAAAUGAAAAACAUCAAGCAUAUGUACACCUCGGAGAAAAUUUACUCAGGCAAUGGAAUGUACAUUCACGAAGUAGCUGCAAUUAUAUUUCAAAAUGUGUCAAAUUUGAAAACCUUAGAAUUAUUAUCACCAGAGUAUUGUAUGAAUGACAACACUCCAAGACAUGAGCCAUUUGCUCUAUCUCCAUCAGUUUUUUCAAAACUGGAAAAGUUAACAAUAAUUGGAUGUCAAACCUUGGAGUGGCUACACAUUUUGCGUAAUUGUUCCUUUCCUUUGUUAAAAAAAUUUGAAGUAUGCUAUUAUCCCCUCCAUCACGAUCACUGGGUGUGGAAGUUCAUCUUCGAUUUUACUCUCUUAGGGCUACAAGGUUUGUUUAAAAUAUUAUACACCAUGGAAAAUCUGCAAAAGUUGAGCAUAGGGUUUGAUGUGCUGUUUGACAACAUCGAAGGGUAUCUAUACAACCCUUUGGAAAGUCACAGGAAUGUUUUGCAAGAAUUUAAUUUUGUUACAAACAACCAGAGGUAUACAAAUGCCUUGUCUGCUCCCCCAGCGAAUGGGAACCCUUCCAGGAAGUUUAAAAGCUACCGGGGAAAAAUAUGCGAAGAAGAUUUUAGUGACAUUUUUACCAUUGCUUAUUACAUCUCGGGCAAGUGUGGGAAGCUCAAAAGAAUUAUGAUAAAGUACAGGGACUCUUAUGAUGGUUAUGAGGACAAUAUGGAUAAAGACGAGACGCUGAACGAGUUCAUUUCGGAAGCCACCAACACGGCGUCCAGUUACUACAACUAUGUGCUCAACUGGUUUCGGUCCGCGGGCGGCGCAGCGUCGGAGCGGAGCUAG